GUCACAAUGAAUACCAAUUCUUCUUACAAUUUCACCUUCAAUGAUGUUUUAUUCUCUUCUCCUUCUUCCACCAGUGACCCUUUGGUUACACGGAGGCUAUUUCUUUUAAAAAAUGUUCAAGUUCUUGAACUCUUUAUCGCUCUUUUCGCCUUUGUCACCAUCCAUUCCUUGCGUCAGAAGAAACACUACGGUCUUCCCCUGUGGCCGUUUCUAGGGAUGCUUCCUUCUCUAGCUUUUGGCCUCAGAGGAAACAUAUACGAGUGGCUAUCAGAUACUCUAUCUCGUCAAAACGGUACGUUUCGUUUCAGAGGACCCUGGCUCAGCAGCCUCAACAGCACCAUAACUUGCGACCCAAGAAACAUCGAGCAUCUCCUCAAGAACCGUUUCUCUGUCUUCCCUAAAGGCUCUUACUUCCGUGACAACCUACGAGACCUUCUAGGAGAUGGAAUAUUCAACGCGGACGACGAGACUUGGCAGAGACAAAGGAAAACAGCAAGCAUAGAGUUUCAUUCAACCAAGUUCAGACAACUAACAACUCAUUCUUUGUACGAGCUCGUUCACAAGAGGCUCUUACCGGUUCUUGAAACUUCGGUUAAAGCAUCUUCUCCUAUUGAUCUACAAGACGUUCUGUUGAGGCUAACGUUUGAUAACGUAUGUAUGAUUGCAUUUGGAGUUGAUCCAGGGUGUCUUGGUCCUGACCAACCUGUAAUACCCUUUGCGAAAGCCUUUGAGGACGCAACAGAAGCUGCGGUUUGUAGAUUCGUGAUGCCUACUUGCGUUUGGAAGCUCAUGAGGUAUCUUAAUCUAGGAACAGAGAAGAUGCUGAAGGAGUCUAUUAAAGGUGUUGAUGAUUUUGCUGAUGAAGUUAUCAGGACGAGGAAGAAAGAAUUGUCUCUUGAGGGUGAGACCACAAAGAGAUCAGAUCUUUUAACUGUGUUUAUGGGUUUGAGAGAUGAGAAGGGAGAGUGUUUUUCAGACAAGUUUCUUCGUGAUAUAUGUGUGAACUUUAUACUUGCUGGGAGAGAUACUUCUUCUGUUGCCUUGAGCUGGUUCUUCUGGUUGCUUGAGAAGAAUCCAGAAGUGGAGGAGAAGAUUAUGGUGGAGAUGUGUAGGAUUCUGAGGGAAAGAGAUGAUGAUGGAGAUGGAGAGAAGAUAGAUUAUGAGCCUGUGUUCAGACCAGAAGAGAUCAAGAAGAUGGAUUAUCUACAAGCUGCUUUGUCUGAAGCUCUCAGAUUAUACCCUUCAGUUCCUGUUGAUCAUAAAGAGGUCCAAGAAGAUGAUGUAUUUCCUGAUGGGACAAUAUUGAAGAAAGGAGAGAAAGUUAUAUAUGCGAUCUACGCAAUGGGUCGUAUGGAAGCAAUUUGGGGAAAAGACUGUCGUGAGUUUAGGCCAGAGAGGUGGCUUAGAGACGGACGGUUUAUGAGUGAAUCGGCCUAUAAAUUCACAGCCUUCAAUGGUGGUCCACGUCUUUGUUUAGGCAAAGAUUUUGCUUAUUAUCAGAUGAAAUCUACCGCGGCUGCAAUAGUUUACCGAUACAAGGUGAAGGUGGUGGAAGGUCACAAAGUGGAGCCAAAGUUAGCUCUUACAAUGUACAUGAAACAUGGCUUGAUGGUGAAUUUGAACAAGAGGAGUGACUCUGAGGUAGAUCGAUACUAUGACAAAUAUAUUGAUGAGGGGAAUGUUAAUUAGUGUUUUAAUGUUUGUUGGUUAAGUAAGAUGAUAGUUUUACUUAUUUUUGGAUCAUUUGAAUUUUUAAAUUUGUGUUUUUUUUUUCAAUUUGGUUAUUUGAUGAUGUGUACUAUGGAUGAUAUUUAAACUUUUUUAUUGUUAGGAAAAUAGUUGGUGCAUGGGGCUUGUAAUAUCAUAAUAAAUUUGUUACUUGG